CCCAGUCAUUCCGCACAGAGGCGGGCUGAGAGCGGCGGAACACGACGUUACGAGGCGCUGCGACACAAACACCGUCGCAUUGGAAUGAGCUGUUACGGGAAUCCCCUAAGAGCUCUCUUAUUCAGGGGCAGGACGCUGAAAACGUGACAAGAAGAAGAAAGAGAAGGUGGCAGCAUCAGUGUGACAUACGCUCAGUGGAGACCUGAAAACAUCAACAGAGGAUCGUCUCUUGCAUCGUCCUGGGCAACCCUUCCAUCACAGAGCGUAUCAGUCCAUUACUGGGCUGCCAGGGGCGUAAAACAGCACAGGGGUGAACGGAAGCAGGGAGGCAGCUGUAAAGGAGAAACAGAGGUGGGGAGGAGAGGAUGGAGGCCCUGCUUCCUGUGCUGAAGAGUCACCCAGGCCCCACGGUGCUGGUGUUCUCCCUGCUCUUCAGGGGGGUCCACCGGCUCAUGCAGAGGCUGCCGGUGCCCAAGAUGGUGAGGCAGGAUAAGUUUCGCAGCUGGAAGUGGAAGAACCUCUCUGUCUCCAUGGUGCACUCGCUGCUGACCGGGACCUGGGCCCUGGCCUGUGCCAUGGUUUGGCCAGAGAUGUUGAGCAGCCUCUACUCAUACCACACCCCUCUGGCCUACCUGCUGGUCUGUGUCUCCACAGGUCAGUAAACACAUCGUGGAAAGGAGUGAAGCUUCAGGUUGACAAAUGAAAGCACGUGGAAGUGCAUUAAAUGUUUGUGAACAGAGUUUUUAAGUCUCACAAGUGGAUUUAAUGUCAGAAAGUAGUGUUUUUGUUUUCCCAUGGCAGAGCUUAGGGUGUCUUUGUCUUCCUAGCUGUCCAAAACUCUAAUAUAUAUCAAAAAAAAAAAAAAGCAUCAAAUCUUCUUGUUUGAGAAGCUGAAACUAGUAAAUGUUGUAGAUUCUUGUUUGAGGCUGUAGUAGUUUAGUAACACUUUAAUUGUCUGCCAGUCUAUUGGUUGACUAGUUGUUGCAGCUCCAGUCGGAGCAGGUGUUGAUUGACCAAUGCUGUCUCUUCCAUCAUCGAAUUGAGCUAAACCUCCUCCUCCUACUCCUCCUUUUAUCCUGAGGGUGUAAAACCACCACUUUUCCAGUUGCUGGAGAAACCCUCCACUCUCACCUGAUUCUCAGAGCAGAUGAAUGGGCGGCUCCCCUGGAUCACCAUGGGCACCAAAACAACAUCUCUGAGGACUUGUUGGGCUGUUUGGGCUGUGGUUUGGUCUUCUGUGCAUCUUUAUGUUACUAUGAAGACACAAAUCUGUGGAGAUCUGCCCUGACAGCCGUUAGCUCCACCGAGGCAGGCCACGGCAAAUACUAGAGGUCGUGCUCUUUAACACAGGGGCUGGUUGUUGUGUGUCUCACCAGCUGAGGCACAAAAGGACUCUUAGUCAGUAGAAUACCUCCAGCUGAAUGAGGCUGACACAGUUUAAUAACCGUGGUCAUGCUGAGAAUUGUAAAGUCAAGGCCUAUUUUACUCUGCUGUCACAUUAAUUUAACAACACUGAUCCUUUCUGUAAAAAAUUAUCCACAGUGUUGUUUUAUCUCCCAGGGAUAUUUGUUUUUCAAGAUUCUGGGAGGGCCUCAGCAAAUUUUGAAGUUACCCCAGGUCAUGUAUUCAGACACUUUUUAACAUGUCUACUGGUUCUAUGUGCUGGCAACUCCAGAUGAGAGCUGUGACCAUGAUUAUCAGCCUUUGUGUGAGAAAAACUAAUAGUAAAUAACACUGAUGCAUAAUGAAUGAUGAUGGAUUUUUAUUUCUUACUUCAUAUCUUACUGGAAAUGUUGUGGUAAUGCUUGCAA